GAGGGGGCAGGGAAGGGGCCUGUGCGGCCUCUUUGCCUCUUUGUGCUGCGGGACAGUGUGCAGGCCGCCGGCACCAUGAAGAUUUGGACGUUGGAGCAUGUAUUUGACCACCCUUGGGAAACUGUUACAACAGCCGCAAUGCAAAAAUAUCCAAACCCUAUGAAAUCAAGUGUGGUUGGAGUCGAUGUAUUGGAAAGAUAUGUAGAUCCUUCUGGAAAGUUGCACAGCCAUAGACUGCUCAGCACAGAGUGGGGACUGCCUUCUCUGAUUGGUGCGGCAAGAACCAAAACAUAUGUGCAAGAACAUUCUGUAGUUGAUCCUGUAGAGAAAACAAUGGAACUUAAGUCCACUAAUAUUUCAUUUACAAAUAUGGUUUCAGUAGAUGAGAGACUUAUAUAUAAACCACAUCCUCAGGACCCAGAAAGAACUGUUUUGACUCAAGAGGCCAUCAUCACGGUCAAAGGAGUCAGUCUCAGUAGUUACCUGGAAGGGCUGAUGGUGAGAACGAUAUCUUUAAAUGCUAGUAAAGGUCGAGAAGCAAUGGAAUGGGUAAUACAUAAAUUAAAUGCUGAGAUUGAAGAAUUGACGGCUUCAGCAAAAGGAAGCAUAGGACGCCAAUGACAGCAGCAGCAUUUGUAGAGAAAUGAUGAAAAUUGCUAUACAGCACCCGGUCCCCUAGAUCUCUACUAACUGGCAUUAUAUUUAUUGUUAUUUAAAAAAUACAUAAAAAAACUAUAUUUUAGUUAAACAUUUUUUAAUAAGCCAAAGAAAGGGUAUGUGACUUGAUCAAAACAAGGAGGCACAAUGUUUCUAAACAAAAGGGAGCAUCUGAAAUUAUUAGUGUUAUUUGAAGUGACUCUGGUUUUGAUGAUUCCAUAGUUAUGUGAGAAUUUAACAAAUUUUGAAAGGUACUUAGAAAUUGGUGUUAGCAUAGUUAGUCUCCUUCAGGUUGAAUUUUAAAGCUUUUCAUGCAUUGGAACUCUACCUGGCUUUGGACCAACCCCAGGACAAAGCAGAGCCAUCUCUGAAUAGACACAAUUGCUCUGCUGUAGGAAACUUCAAGAGGGAUCUUACUUUCAAAGGAGAAAUUGUAUAGUUUUAAAAGAUAUAAAUUUGUAUAAAAUAUCGUGCUCUGCUUGCUAUAAGCCACCAUUACCCAUUGUUUUAAUUUGGUACUUAAAUGACAUUUUUGGAGUUAAAAUUAUCACUAAAGUAAUUGCAUCUUUAUUCUGUGAAAGAAUACUGUAUUGACUUGCCAAAGUUUUGUAACUUAGUGAAGAUAAUUACCUUCUGUGGAUUUGUACUUUAUGACCUAAAGUAUUGUGGGCUGGUUAUGUUAACUGAAAAAAUAAAGUCAUUAUUGAAA